UUUUUUGUCACCUCUGGGGGAGCUGUGUUUUUUUUGUUUUGUUUGUUUUUUGUGUGUUUGUUUGUCUGUUUUUAUUUGUUUUUUAAAGUUGCCUUUUUUUUAAGUUGUCUCUGAGAGGUUUUCAUGGCAACCCCCAGUCUCCAGAAAGUGGACCUCGAGAGGAGUCAAAGGGACCAAGCAGCAAAAAUACUCCAGAGGGGCUGGAGAAGAUAUGUGUGCAAAGAAGUCUUCAGGCAUGUCAAGAGGAUGAUCGGCCAAUGCUACCGGCAAGAUCCUAAGUCACUUCUGAAAACCGUCAAUCCUCGAGAGGCAGAGCUGCUCGAUCCUGCGGCCGGUGUGUUCAUCCGAUUUCGACUAGGAGGGGUCAGUUUUCCUCCCCAGGUGUACUACAAGAUCUUCACCUACCGGCCUAUUGUGGAUGUAUGUGCAAGCAGCCCCAAGAACUACAAUCAGCUCCUGCGCAUGAGGCAUCUGACUGAGGAGAGAGAUCCGACUCUGCUCACAACGGACCAAACGGAUUGGUACCAACGUGUGGAGAACAACAACUGGAGGAUCUUCUCUUGCAAAUUUAUUGCUAAGCAAGAAUUUGUGGAUAGUAUUGUGGUCAAACAGAUAGACUUUCAUCCGUCGAAGUUGCAGCGGAUAGAAGAUUUGAGGAAAUGGAGGAAAAGGAGGAAGAUAGAGUGGUUGAAGCGGAUGUACAGAGACGGCCAAGAGGAAGAGGAGCAGAAGCAGUCUGAGUUGUUGACAGUGGCGAAGAAAACAGUGAAGGACGUGAUGCACUCUAUCGAAGAUAGAGGAGAAGAUGAAAUACUGGACUGGGAGCUGGACGAAAUAUUAGCUUGGACUAGCAGCCUCAACUUUGAGGAUUACUGGGAACAGUGGAAAUGCCAGGCCUGCAGUGAGACAUCGGAGAUGACCAAAGGUUAACAAAUGUCUUUUGUGAACCUUUGACACAAGAUCGUCCAACAAUAUCGCCAGUGGAUCUGACUCACCUCGGAGCUCCACUAACUUAGAAUAAAAAUCAGAAUGGCAACUGGACUCUGUC